CCUCAUCACGUGCCCUCCGGAUUGCCACCAACGCACAAAACUGUGACUGCUCCUCCCCCAACCCUCGCUUCUCGCCCAAGAUACUUGCAACGAAGCGCGAAGAGCAGCACCCAAGUCCAACCUUGAACUGCGAGACCGAACCCAACUAACAAACCACAGUCCAACGCCGCAAAGAUGCAGAUCUUCGUCAAGACCUUGACGGGCAAGACCAUCACCCUUGAGGUCGAGUCCUCCGACACCAUCGACAAUGUUAAAACGAAGAUCCAGGAGAAGGAGGGAAUCCCCCCGGACCAGCAGCGCUUGAUCUUCGCCGGAAAGCAGCUCGAGGACGGCCGUACCCUCUCUGACUACAACAUCCAGAAGGAGUCGACCCUCCACUUGGUCCUCCGUCUCCGUGGUGGUGUUAUCGAGCCCUCCCUCAAGGUCCUGGCGUCCAAGUACAACUGCGAGAAGAUGAUCUGCCGCAAGUGCUACGCUCGUCUUCCUCCUCGCGCCACCAACUGCCGCAAGCGGAAGUGUGGACACACCAACCAGCUCCGCCCCAAGAAGAAGCUGAAGUAAACGUCUCGCCCCUGCAAAAAAAAACCAGGUCAGGAGUUUGUUCUUGCGGUGGGAGUGUCUGGGCUUUUCCUUUUACUGCUGCUUCAUUUGGGUCACACAUGGGUUCUGUUCAAUAACGAAAUAAAUGGUUAUGGAAUUCCCAAUCCUUCGACGUGAUGCGUAGCACAUGUCUCGUAUUGAGCUCGCCAGUGAUAUGCAUCUCUUAAGUAACGC